AUGAAUACUCUCGCUGCCCCUUUCGGUUAUGCAAGGAGACUUUCUGGGAGAAUUGCUUGGGAGCCGUUUGUUGGGGUCUGUAUGCGGGCGGUUCUUGCGCUGCUAAGUAAGAUUGAGGAUGGGAGGUUAGUUGUCACUUUUAUGGAUGGGAGACGUGAGGUUUUUGGUGGCGGUGGGGUGCCGCAGGUGGAAAUCACGGUUCUGAAGGAGAUGUUCUGGGUUAGACUGUUUUUGUUUGCUGAUUUGGUAUGUUUACUGCUCUGUAUGUUAGUCUAUUGGUUGGUAGAGAGGAGGAGGGGGAGGAGGAGGAGGAGAAGCUGAUAUUUUGAAAAGGGAUUCUCAGAAGCGUAUAUGCUGAGAGAAGUAGAUUGUAGUGAUCUCGUGGGAUUCUUUCAAGUAUUUCCAUACCGAUAGAAAAGCAAUCGAGCAAGCGAAUCAAGCAAGAAAGCUAACAAAGUACCUCAGAUAUUCGUACAAAACCGCCCCUACCUCUCCAGCACGAGCACGAUCUCCUCAAUCCUCACAAACCCCCUACCAUCGCUCCUGAGAAGCACCAAUACCCUCCAAAACUCCCUUCUGAAUGUCUCCGCACACUACGACAUCUCUAACGAGAUAUUCGCGGCAUUCCUCUCGCCAGACAUGACCUACUCCUGCGGCAUAUUCUCCCCCACACCAGCUGACCCGCCGGCCACCGCCACCACGGGGGAGCUAGAAGCAGCUCAGUACACCAAGCUCACUCGGCUAAUCGUACUCGCAAAGAUCAAGCCCACGGACCACGUCCUCGAGAUAGGCACCGGCUGGGGAAGUUUUGCCAUCCAGGCCGUGGCCGGAACUGGAUGUCGGGUCACCUCCAUAACACUGUCCCUGGAGCAGAAGACCCUCGCGGAGGAGCGAAUCGCGGCAGCAGGCAUGACGGGUAAAAUUACUGUGCUGCUCUGCGAUUACCGUGCGCUGCCGGUUCCGGAGAAGAGGUUCGAUAAAAUCGUUAGCAUAGAGAUGCUCGAAGCUGUCGGCGGGGAAUAUCUAGAAAGAUAUUUCCAAGUGGUGGACUCCAUGCUGAAGAGGAAUGGCGGGAUCGCCGUGUUCCAGUGCAUUACUAUGCCCGAGGCUGUAUGAUAAGUAUCUAUCAAGAGUUGUGACCCCGGUCAUGGCUGAUCAUUCGCAGAGACACGAAACCUAUACUAGUGGAAAUGAGUAACCAGCCCUCCCUCCUGAAUUUUACCAAUCAAGAAAGUCAAUAUCGCUAACAAAAGACAGCUUUAUCAGGAAAUACAUCUUCCCGGGUGGGUACCUCCCCUCGAACUCCCAGCUUGUAAACGCUAUCAGCAAGGGUAGCAAGGGAAACUUGGUCCUCGAGUCCCUCGAGAACAUUGGUGGCCACUACGCUAGAACCCUCCGUGUCUGGAGGGAGAACUUCCUUGCCACUUUCCACGAUCGGAUUGCCCCGGCUUUGAGAAAGGAGAAUCCGGAGAUGAGUGAGUUGGACGUUGGUGUUUUCAAUAGGAAAUGGGAGGUGGGUGCUUUUUUCCUUUCUGGAAAUAUUUAGAAGAGGCCAGCAUGAUUGAUAUGAGAUAGUACUAUUUUUCCUAUUGCGAGGCCGGGUUCAGGGCCAAGAUCCUGAACGAUAUUAUUUUUACUGUAGCGAGGGAAGGCUCAAUGGAGCUAUAUGAGGGCAUUCCUUUGUGAUUCACUUUUUUUUCUUUCCAUCCUUUCACGUUUCCGCUUCUUUCGUUGUUGCCGAUCGACAGCUGUCAAUACAUGAUAGAUACCCUUGCGGAUUUUUCUUUUUUUAAAAAAAAAGAAAGCAAAAAGGUCCGAUGAUGGAAUUUGAGAUUACUAGGAACCGCAACUAGUGAGAAAUUACUACCAUUAACAAACCAGCUGGCUAAAAUCCCAACUCCAAUAUAAACAGAAGCGAAGGCUGAAGAAUGUUGAAUUGAAACCACGACAAAAAUGUAGCAAUACUUAAGCCCGCUUUUUCUUUUUCUUAUUCUUCCCACUUGACUUGGCGGAUGUACUCUUUGGCGUUUUUGGUCUAUGCAAAAUUUCAAACUCAUCGCGGAACUUUCUGUAGAGUAACAUGCAAGCUCGUGCGUCCUCGAUCUGUCCACUCAUCCAUUAGCCCUCACCAUCAAGAUGGAAGGAAGGACGACAAACGCUAGAAUGCUCCCCCCCCUGAAUCUCGAUCCCCAGCACUUGGCUGGCAAGCUUCUUCAGUCCGGGUGUACGCCCAGCACUCAACUUUCUGAAUCCGGGAUGUCGACUGGUAUCGCGAAUGUCCCUCCUCGGAUGGCUCAACAAUAACACCUCGAGAUCAUGCUUAACCGAGUGCCCCACAAGAACUCUGUCCAUGAGGAUAGUGGAUACUUCUUUUUGUACGUCUUUGAAUUCCCUCGCUACCCAUGUCGUUAGCCAAGCUGCUGCUGCGCUGCAAGAAAGAACGGGGGAGGGCACCGUGGGCCAUAUGCGCAGGCGUAACGCCGCUAAUCCAACUCCUCCAAUCCGUAACUUUCUCCUUUGGUCGCACAAACGUGUCUAGGAUUACGUGCCCGUGGUAGUUGACUAUCGAAACUCUGGCAAGCACGGAGCGCUCGUUCGUGGGGCCGCCCACGCCAACCAUUUCGCAGUCGAGUGAGAUGUAUUUUCCGGCUUCGGUUGCUGAGGACGACCCGGACGCCUCAAGGGGGAGUGGAAGAGUGGUGCUGGUUAAUGGUAGACCGUACGCUUUUUGCAGAUCUACGGGGGAGAUGUCAUUAUCUUCCGCCCAGAGUGCCAGCGUCGCGGAGGCUGGUUUUGCGGUGGCGGUGGACACUUCUGGUGCUUUCGACGUUGGUUUUGGUUUUGGUUUCAGUUCAGAAGCUAGUCGUGCAGGGGAAGAGUUUGUAGAGUUGGUUAUUGUAGUGGUGGUAGUCGAGUUACAUGGGGUUCUGUACCGUAUGUGUUAGCAUGACAUCCCAUUACGCAUUGGGUAUGGAGAUGCACUGUUUGAGCUCACCUUGCCACCUUUGCCUUUUUCGCACUUGUGAUUGUGGAGUUGUUGCUGGUGGUGGCGGGGCUCGCGGCCGAUGAAGACUUGCGCUUUGGGGGGUCGGUGGGCGUGGUGGACGUGUUGGAUGCGGCCCUACUUAACGUCCUCUGGAGCUGCUUCCAGUUUCUUGAAAGCGAAGUACCGGUAGUUGCCAUUGUUAGCGAUUAAACGGUAAGACCCUUUGUGGUUC